CUCAAGCACACCACAUGGAUCCCAACUCCAGCCCCUGGUCUUACGCUUACAAUCGCAUCGUCCCCGGUUCCACAGGCAGCACGGGCAGCACAGCGGAGGAAUUUCAGCACCCACAUUUAGCAACAAUUACAGCGGCCAGUCUUGCUAGCUUCAAUGCGGCUGCAGCGAGCGGCGGCAGUUUUGUGCCACCAUCGCCCAUUGGCAGCUACAAUCCAGUAUUCCAGCAGAUUUAUCAUCAUGCAGCCGCGGCAAGCGUGCAGCCAAAGCCUGCGCAUUAUGCCUCAUCGACGGUCAACACGCCGCACCGACAGCUACAACAACUGCAGCUGCCCACGCUGGACAAGCAGCUCAGCUCGUUUCAGAACCAGGCUGCGGUGGCGGCUGUCUCCUCGGCAGCUGCAGCCGCCGCUGCCGUUAAUAAUGUUGCCUCGAACUACUACGGCGAAAACUCAUCGUCAAGUGGCGCCUCGCCGUCACCUACCACGGUAGCCCUAACAUCAACAUCGUUGACGUGGAACACGCCCAACAUGAUAUCCAACACGUUCCUUGCCAUGCAGCAGCAACAGCAGCAGGCGCAACAGCAACAACAGCAGCAGCAGCAACAAGCUCAACAGCAACUGAAUCUAGUGGCCGACAAAGUGCAAAUCAAACAAGAAAACUCACAACAAACCAAGGCGCAUCUCAAAGCGUACAACGAUCUAAUUUACUUCACUCAAUUGCAACAACAACAACAGCAGCAGCAACAACAGCAACAGCAACAGCAACAACAACAACAACAACAGCAACAACAACAACAGCAACAACAAGAACAAUUGCAACAAGAGAUUGCCGAGGCAGAAACAUAUUAUACCAUAGAUGGGCAAAAACUGAAGCUGGCACGCAAGGAUACUCAGACGAUUCACAUUGAACAGCAGAAUGCGAGUCCGGCGUAUGCAGCGCAGUAUGCGAGUCCGGCCUUGAGCUCGGCGGAUGGAUCACCUAUCACGAAUUUACACACGGUCGAUGUCGGUGGAUCACCCCAGGUGAUUGUCUAUAAGACGGCAACGGCCCCGGUGGCGGCGUCAGUAGCGGCUGGUUCGACUGGUUCGCCAGUGUCGCGACGCACCGUAAUGAACGUGGCAGGCGCGGGUUCGUCUGCAGCGCCCACAACGGUGGCCUACUCAUCUGUGAUACAAAGCACACUGCAGCAACAGCACCUGCAACAGCAGCAACAACAACAACAACAACAACAGCAGCAACAGCAGCAUUGCUGGACAAAGCCAGAGGAUGGGCAAGAAGAGAUUAAGAGCGUAUUGCAAUUGCAUGUCAAGCAAGAGCAUCGGCAGCUGGACUAUGCCAAUGAUGCGGCUGGCGGCACAGAUGCUGGCGAGAAUCUCGUGUUUAAUCUUCCACCGGGUCUUGAGAUAAAGCAAACGUUUUAUCAGCCAGCGGUCGUCGCUGUAGAUUCGGCCGCGUCUGUGUCUUUGCAACAGGCGCAGGCGCAGGCUGUAGCCCAGGAGCAUCUGUUGCAACAACAGCAGCAGAGUUCCAGCUCGCCACAAGGCAGGCGGCAACACGUUGUGGCUAAUAUGAUAUUGUCGCCAGGGACUCCGAGCAGCUUAGCGUCACAGAUUCAAACAGUGCCAAAGGAGGAUGUAAAGCCCCCGCCCAAGCCAGCAAAGACGCCGCGCAAACGACAACCGAAGAAGACGCUUAUUCCAAGUAGCGAAUACAGUACGGUGCGCAGUCCGCAGGAGUCACAGCAUCACCAGUUGCAGCAACAACAACAGCACAAUCAACAGCAACAGCAGCAACAGCAAAAUACGUAUUACGAUUUUAAUAGCAAGUGGAAUACACCGCUAAAAACGGAGAACAAUACGGCUUCUGUAUCGCCAGCAACAACCAUUAACAUACCCACAUAUCCGCAGCAUAGCCAGCAACACCAGCAGUCCUCUCAGCAGCAGCAGCAACAACAGCAGCAGCAUCUCCCGCAGCCCGCACACCUACAAUCAUCGCAGGCGCAAUCACAUCUCACGCAGCUAGCCCAGUACUAUCCAGCGUUUCCGCAACCCAUUGCAUCCCAGUACACGGCAUGUAUGCAACAGCAACAACAGCAGCAGCAGCAACAGCAGCAACAACAGCAGCAGCAGCAGCAACAACAACAGCAGCUAACUACUUUUGUGCUCUCCACAGACCCUUUAAACUUGCCGCCACGUCGGGAGCAAUGCUCCCGCAAGGCCAAGGAGAGCAGCAUGCACGCACUUCUCUUGAAUACAUCAACAAUUGGGGAGGGCGGCGCGGUUGGUGAGCCAGAGGAGUUCACUGACUCGGACACGGAUCCCGUUUGGACGCCGCAGGAGGAAGAUAGUGACGACGGCAAGGGCUAUGGGAAGCGCAAGGCAGCGCGACGCAUCAAAGGAACGCCGCGCAAGAACACAUAUUGUCAGCCACCAACGCAUUUGCAGCAGCACCAGCAGCUGCAGCAGUUGCAGGUACAGCAACAACAUCAGCAGCAGCAGAUGCAUGGCUCCACCGAUGGCUAUAAUCCGCAGCAGGAUCUGCAGAGUGGGGCAGCCGUUAGCUAUAGCAGUGCGGGGACGGCAUCUGCAUCCACAGCCGAGAACUUUAAAACUGGAGACUUUAUCGUUUUGCGUUCGGAUCUGGUUAAUGACUGGCCGACCAUUUGGCAGGUGGACUCCAAGUGCAUCUUGCAAAAGUAUGAGCCGUUUCGUCAGAACGGCAAAACCUUUUACCGCAACAUGUCGAAGUACGCUUCGUGGAAUCUUGAAACAAAGAAACUCUACCUCAAAGCACCCGUACGCAUACAGCUGCAGUCUCACACGGAGACCAUUGUGGAAUUCAUGCGGUCUGAGCUGCUUGCCGAUGAUACCGAGCAGUUUAUCGAAAAGAUAAUGGAGGAUUUUCUGUCCUAUCGGGACAAUUUCGAAAUCUACAUACAAACCAUGAUAUCACAAGCGCUCGAUCCUAGCUUCUUCUCGGAGAUAACGCGUGAGAAAGAUGACUAUUUUCUGGGAAGCGUGCGUGUAAUAGACAAUAUAAUGGACAAUUGCAAGCGGAAAUUGUUGGCUAUCACUCCAUGGACACGUAGCAUUAUUUCAUCAAUCGAGACGUGGCCCAAGUGUCAUGUGUUCUCUGAGUGGGUGCAGAACAACUUGACCCAGAAGAAUUGCGCUGGCUGCCAUCAACCAGGCAUUGCAGUUCGUUUCCUGUUAUUUGGGGAGCCCUACAAUCCAAACACCAUGCAGACCAUAGCUGCAGAUGCACGAAUCGUGUACGAGAAGGACAUUGUGCUGUGUCGUAUUUGUGCCGCACGUGCGGAUCUCUUCCACAAGAUUGCGCAUGAGAAGUUCAAUUUGUUUAUCAAUUGCUCGCAGCGAGUAACAGAGCAGCAGCAGCAGUGCCCCGGCAAGACAUCGACGGAAAUACUCAAUGAUUUGCUGGCCGAGCACAAUUGGAUAGAUGAGCUAUUCCGCAAUAUGCGCAACUGCUGGGCGGAGGUCGAGAGCCUGGAGCGGCAAAAACGCUUUCGCGAAGUAAUGCAGUAAUCAACGAUAGGCAUUGUAUACUUACUGCAGAUUGGAGCAGGAGCUAGACCUGCUCGAAAAUAUUUAAAUGUAUACAAGAACGCUGCAAUAAACUCAAUGAGUUGUUAGUUUAUAUUCAUACCAGUAAUCUUAAGUUUUGGUUUUACGUUAAGAGCUUUUACGAAAUUCAUAUCGCGCUCUUCCCAAGUCUGCGAUCCAAUGUUAUGCACACGGCAUGAGCAUGCUAUGUUAGAGUGUUUAUGCUGUGAUUGGUUGUGUAGCUACGCGUCUAAAACUAGUGUAUAUAUAUCAUAAUUCGGGCGUAUUUCCAAGUCUCUAAUGCGAUUAUGUUAGUAACUAUCUUAUAAGCUUUUAUCUGCAAGCCCAAUGGAAAAAAUAAUUAAAUGCAUACCAUAUAUAUAGCUAUUUAAGUUGCCCCCUUGCAUGUUCCACAUGCGUAUAAGAAUGCUAGUUGAAAACAUUUUUUAAGUUUAUAAACACAUCCAAAACUUACGUAGAACCGGUAUAUGUAAGCACAGUACAUAAUACUAUUAGCACCUUCAGUAUAAAUGGAUUUUAACAAUAGACAAA